AGUGAGCACAGACUCCCUUUUCUUUGGCAAGAUGGCGGAGUACGACUUGACUACUCGCAUCGCGCACUUUUUGGAUCGGCAUCUAGUCUUUCCGCUUCUUGAGUUUCUCUCUGUAAAGGAGUAGAGACAGGGUUUCACCGUGUCAGCCAGGAUGGUCUCGAUCUCCUGACCUCGUGAUCCGCCUGCCUCGGCCUCCCAAAGUGCUGGGAUUACAGGCGUGAGCCACCGCGCCUGGCGACAUCCUUAAACCUUCAUCUUGACCCCUGUUAGUCACUACUCACACCCCCUAAAGAUAUAUAAUGAAAAGGAAUUAUUACAAGGUAAAUUGGACCUUCUUAGUGAUACCAACAUGGUAGACUUUGCUAUGGAUGUAUACAAAAACCUUUAUUCUGAUGAUAUUCCUCAUGCUUUGAGAGAGAAAAGAACCACAGUGGUUGCACAACUGAAACAGCUUCAGGCAGAAACAGAACCAAUUGUGAAGAUGUUUGAAGAUCCAGAAACUACAAGGCAAAUGCAGUCAACCAGGGAUGGUAGGAUGCUCUUUGACUACCUGGCGGACAAGCAUGGUUUUAGGCAGGAAUAUUUAGAUACACUCUACAGAUAUGCAAAAUUCCAGUACGAAUGUGGGAAUUACUCAGGAGCAGCAGAAUAUCUUUAUUUUUUUAGAGUGCUGGUUCCAGCAACAGAUAGAAAUGCUUUAAGUUCACUCUGGGGAAAGCUGGCCUCUGAAAUCUUAAUGCAGAAUUGGGAUGCAGCCAUGGAAGACCUUACACGGUUAAAAGAGACCAUAGAUAAUAAUUCUGUGAGUUCUCCACUUCAGUCUCUUCAGCAGAGAACAUGGCUCAUUCACUGGUCUCUGUUUGUUUUCUUCAAUCACCCCAAAGGUCGCGAUAAUAUUAUUGACCUCUUCCUUUAUCAGCCACAAUAUCUUAAUGCAAUUCAGACAAUGUGUCCACACAUUCUUCGCUAUUUGACUACAGCAGUCAUAACAAACAAGGAUGUUCGAAAACGUCGUCAGGUUCUAAAAGAUCUAGUUAAAGUUAUUCAACAGGAGUCUUACACAUAUAAAGACCCAAUUACAGAAUUUGUUGAAUGUUUAUAUGUUAAUUUUGACUUUGAUGGGGCUCAGAAAAAGCUGAGGGAAUGUGAAUCAGUGCUUGUGAAUGACUUCUUCUUGGUGGCUUGUCUUGAGGAUUUCAUUGAAAAUGCCCGUCUCUUCAUAUUUGAGACUUUCUGUCGCAUCCACCAGUGUAUCAGCAUUAACAUGUUGGCAGAUAAAUUGAACAUGACUCCAGAAGAAGCUGAAAGGUGGAUUGUAAAUUUGAUUAGAAAUGCAAGACUGGAUGCCAAGAUUGAUUCUAAAUUAGGUCAUGUGGUUAUGGGUAACAAUGCAGUCUCACCCUAUCAGCAAGUGAUUGAAAAGACCAAAAGCCUUUCCUUUAGAAGCCAGAUGUUGGCCAUGAAUAUUGAGAAGAAACUUAAUCAGAAUAGCAGGUCAGAGGCUCCUAACUGGGCAACUCAAGAUUCUGGCUUCUACUGAAGAACCAUAAAGAAAAGAUGAAAAAAAAACUAUAAAAGAAAGAUGAAAUAAUAAAACUAUUAUAUAAAGGGUGACUUACAUUUUGGAAACAACAUAUUACGUAUAAAUUUUGAAGAAUUGGAAUAAAAUUGAUUCAUUUUA